AGCCAUUGCAGACGGAUGCUGACGCCAGGACACUCCCGGGCAGUCCUGGAAGGGUGGCAUCCAUUCUCCCCAUUGUACACUAAUUGCGUCUUUGCCCUAAAAAGACACAACUGCGGGUGGGCGCGAGUGAAGGCAGCUGCGAGGGACGGUUUGCCUGAAUCUAUCAUUGCAGCUGCAUGUUCAAGAAGUGGCCAGAGGGUUCUGCAUGUUGACUCGAGAAAUUACUAUGGAGGAAACUGGGCCAGUUUUAGCUUUUCAGGAUUAUGCUCCUGGAUUAGGGAAAAUAAGCAAAAGAGGGAUGUCAGAGAGGAGAGUGACGAUUGGAGAAAAUUGAUCCUUGAAACAGAAGAAGCUAUUUCUCUUAAUAUGAAGGAUAAUACCAUUCAGCAUAUAGAAUAUAUCUGCUAUGCCAAUCAGGAUUUAGCUGAAGAUGUUAAUGAAGCUGGUGCAUUGCGAAAACUGUCUGCCUUUGGAGUCUCUGAUAAUGGUGAGGCUACUCAAGGGUCUGAAAAAGAGUGCCAGCCUGUGGAAAGCCAGUCACUAGGACCUGAGAGCUGUGAAGUAUCCCCUGAAAGUAUUACGUGUAAUGAUCCAGAGAGUGCGACGGAAAGGAGUGAUGCAGAAAUGACCUCUGAGAGUGAGAACCUCUGUGAUGCAACUUCUGACGAGUCUGCUUUGGAAAAAGGAAAAAUGGAAAAUGCAUCAACAGCAGAAACUGCUGCCUUGGAGCCAAAGAAAAUUACUUACACACAAAUUGUUAUAGAAGGCAGGAGAUUUAAUAUUGAUUUAGUUUCCAAGCUGCUCUAUUCCCGGGGACUGUUAAUUGAUCUUCUAACUAAGUCUAACGUUAGCAGAUAUGCAGAGUUCAAAAAUGUCACCAGGAUUCUUGCAUUUCAGGAAGGAAGAGUGGAGCAGGUACCUUGUUCCAGGGCAGAUGUCUUCAACAGCAGACAGCUCACUAUGGUGGAAAAAAGAAUGCUAAUGAAAUUUUUGACAUUUUGUUUGGACUAUGAACAACAUCCCAAUGAAUAUGAAGAUUACAAGGAAUAUAAAUUUUCAGAGUACUUGAAAACCCAGAAGUUAACAUCUAACUUGCAGCACUUUAUUUUACAUUCUAUUGCAAUGGUAUCGGAGGCUGACAGUGGCACCAUAGAUGGGCUCAAGGCAACAAAAAAAUUUCUUCAGUGUCUUGGCCGGUAUGGCAAUACACCCUUUUUAUUUCCUUUGUAUGGUCAAGGAGAGAUCCCACAAUGCUUCUGCAGGAUGUGUGCUGUAUUUGGUGGAAUCUAUUGUCUUCGCCAUUCAGUUAAGUGCCUUGUAGUGGACAAAGAAUCUGGACGAUGUAAAGCAAUGAUAGAUCACUUUGGGCAAAGAAUAAGUGCUAAGUAUUUUGUGGUAGAAGAUAGCUACUUUUCAGAGAAAACAUGCACAAAUAUGUGCUACAGGCAGAUCUCCAGAGCAGUGCUCAUUACAGAUCAAUCCAUACUAAAGACAGAUUCAGACCAGCAGAUUUCAAUUUUGACAGUGCCACCAGAGGAAUUAGGACUGCCAGCAAUUCGAAUCAUUGAAUUGUGCUCUUCAACCAUGACAUGCAUGAGAAACACCUACUUGGUCCAUUUUACCUGCUCAUCAACUAAAACUGCUAAAGAAGAUUUAGAGCCUAUUGUACAGAAGCUAUUCUCCCUAAAUUCUGAAACUGAGAGAGAGUCUGAAAAUGAAGGAGGACCGGAAAAGCCCAGAGUCCUAUGGGCACUAUACUUCAACAUGAGAGAUUCUUCGGGCAUCGACAAAAAUUCAUAUGACAGUUUACCCUCAAACGUCUAUGUCUGUUCUGGGCCAGAUUGUGAACUGGGAAGUGACUAUGCUGUCAAACAGGCUGAGACAAUUUUUCAAGAAAUGUUUCCUAAUGAGGAGUUCUGUCCACCGCCACCAAAUCCAGAAGAUAUUAUCUAUGAUGGAGAUGGGACUCAGACAGAAGACCCUGGAUUCAGUAAUUCAUCUAAUGUAAUAACAAAGCCCUCACCUGAGGAAAACAGUGGUGGUGAUGGAGAUAGCAACCAAUUUUCAGAAGAACAACAUGAAGAAUAGAAGUAUUAAGAUUGAACCCAGUAUCCCUUAUCUCCAUGGAAGAGUUUGACUUAGUCUGGUGGAGGUAGAACAAACAGUUGUAUUUAUUCCUCCUUACUUAGGUUGAGUAAAAAAUAAGUAGCCUAUUUGAUUUCAGGGGAACUGCUUAUAAUGGAGUAAUACUCAGCCUGUCACAGGAAGGUUGUCAGAGCUGGAUCCAGAAGCAAAAAAUAAAAAUUACAUUUUAAAAUCUGAUUUUAAUUUCUUUGAGAAGAGUUGUUAUUUUAGUAAUGAUUCUGCCACCUUGAUACUUGAUACUUCAAGCGUCAAUAACAACAAAAUUUGUGAACUAGUUUAAUAUAAUGGACAAAAGGACAAACCAUACACUGUUGUAAAUUGUGACAGCUGUAUUGACUUCAGUUUACACCAGCUAAGGAUCUACCCCCACAUCUUUGCGUCCUAUAAAUUGAUUACAAAAAAGGGAACUUUAGGCAGUAUUGAGAGUUUGAGGGUGUUCAAACAAAUACACUUUUAUUUGUUGAUAUAAGUCCUGCAUUUGAAGGCUGGUUUUCAAAUAAUUAAUAUCACAGUUACUUUGCUAAUGAAAAAUAUCCUAUGGUUGUUUUUUUAAAUUGGUAAGUUUAUUAAUAUGCAGGAAUAAGCUUAUUAUAAUAUGCAGAAAUAAACUGUAUAUAAUAAAUAUAUUGAUCUCAAUUGAAACUGUAUUACUACUUGAAACAUUCUGUCAUUCUUGUUUUGAUUGGAGUCAAGACUUUAUCCCUGUUUGCCGGUUAUAUUUAUAGUCUACUACUUUUUUUUACUUAAGAACCUCCAGUAAUGCAGCAUAUUUUGAGUCCCUGCAAAUGUUUUGCUUAGACAAGAUUAUGGCCCCAAACUUUCGCAUACAUAAAGCUUUCCAGGACUUGGAUCUGAAAAAAAAUUCAAUAGUUAAUUAAAAUUUUUAAAAAUGGCAUUAGGAAAAAAGUUGGGCUUGUUAUAUUUACAAUUGUUUUCAUCCCAGAUAAUGAUCUAAAAGCUGUGUGAUAGUAAAUUAUGCAUUUUGUAAUGAUGAAUCAUAAAUAAUAUUUUAUAUAAGAGAAUUGUUAAAUGUAUUUAUAAACUUACUUUGUGUACAGAAUUAUGAAACCAGAAAAAUCUUGAAAAGGUUAAUGAUACUAAAUAGACUCUCACCUCUCUGCUAAAUGUUUUGAAAUUAUAUGCUCUAGAAAAAGAAAGAAGUAUAUAUGUGCUUUAAAUGACAAAAAAAUGAAAUUUGAGUGUUGGAAGCUUUACCAUAAAAUCUUAAGAUUUACCCAAAUCAAAUAUUUAUAGUAUAAAUUACCAAUAUAUAAAAAUAUGCACAAUGAACAAAUUUGGAUGAUUGUGAGAGUUUAACUGCUACAUAAGCUUAGAUCUGAGUAUACCGUUAUACAAGCACAUUAGUACUUUUUAAAUCCUGUACAUCAAUUCAUGUACAUCAAUUCAAAUUACGGAGACCCUUGCCAUUCACAGUGGAUGUGUCCCUGACACCAUUGCGAAUGUCACAGCUCUUAGUAUUAGUGAAUUUCACAACUCGGCCCCCACAGUGAGUUCCCCGUGGCUCCCAAACUCACCAUGGGGGCUGGGAGCCACAGGGAACUCACAGUGGGGAACUCCCCCACAGAUGCUGGGAGCCGUGGUAAGAUGGAAGUCACAGGGAGUUCACUGUGGCUCCUGACAGCUGUGGAGAACUUACUGUGGGGAAUUCACUGCUGCUGCCAGGAACCAAAGUGAAUUUCCUGUGGCUCCUGACCUCCAUGGUGAGCUCCCCGAGGCUCCCAGCCCCAGCCAGGAGAUCCCUGCAAAUACAAGGAAUUGCGAAUAUUGAUUCUUCAGAUCGCAAGGUUCUCCUGUAAUUCCAAUAAAUAAUCGAUACCUGAUAUUGACUGAAAUUAUUGACCCAGCUAGGAUUUUCUACAGUAUUUCAGUAAAUAUGCCUACCUUGCAGAUGGCUUUGUGCCAUAGAAGUCAAUUUAUUUUUGUACAACAUAGCUAACACAAUAUAGAACAUUAUUUUGUCUUGCAUCAUACAGUAUCCAAAUUCCAUUUUAAACAUGUUAGUGUUUACAUUGUCACUUCUGUUUUUAUUGGAUCAGCAUCAUGCUAUGUAAUUAUAAAGUCCUCAGAAAAAAAAAGUACAUGCAAUUCAUUUCGAUUGCUAAAUAAUACUGAUCCUUGGUAUGCUUGCAAUUAAGCAUCUAAUUAAAGAUGGUAACAAAUAGGCUGCUUGCUUGCCCAUUCUCAGCUACCAUUCGUAUGUGCAUAUCAAAAAGCAUGAAUGUAGGUUAAUUAUGCUUAAUGUCUAUAAAUCUGUAAAGGAACUAAGACAACAAGGACCUGGUUUCUCUUUGCCUUUCAAUGAUAGGAAUCAUGUUUAAUUUUACAUUUUUUAUGUUUACAAGGAAAUUAUAUUUGUUGUAUGAAAAUUGAAGGUUUGCUUGCAUGUAUGUUUCUUUCUGUAUUUUCCUUCAGUUCAAGAGAAGCAGUUUAUUGCAAGCGUCUAAAGUUUUGUUGUAUUGUUUGUUAAAGUUGGUUUAUUGUCACAUUGCUAUCUGUGAUGUGAUUAAAAUUCACAUGAAUCCUAAGAAAUUUACUCAAUACAGAUAUUUUAUGCAUUCAUGUCAAUGUAAAGUAAAAGGUUUGUAAUGCUACACAUUUGAUUUUUAGAUAAAACAAAGGCUGUACAACUUACAAGUCAUAAGCUGUGACUUUACCUUAUAUUGAUUGCCUAAAAUACCUUUUCAUGUCUUCUUCAAAUAGUGAAUGAAAACUUAAAUGGUUUCUCCAAUGGUAAUUGAGUACCCAACAGCUCAUUUGCAACAGGAAUAAACAAGUCUGUUGAUGAUCUUUUA